CGCGGCGCCACACGAUAUUAGCUGCGUAGCUCACGCUGUCGCCUCUCUGGCUAAAACUUUAAUGAACAUUUGACACUAAAGCUAUAGUUUUUGUUUACUUAUGCCUCUAAAGGACCAGUCAAACUCCACAGCCAUGAAACCAGCCGUGGAUGAGAUGUUUCCGGAGGGUGCAGGACCUUAUGUAGACCUGGAUGAGGCUGGGGGAAGCACAGGACUGCUGAUGGACCUGGCUGCCAAUGAAAAGGCAGUUCAUUCAGACUUCUUCAACGAUUUUGAGGACCUGUUUGAUGACGAUGACAUCCAGUGACACACUAACAUCCUCAGUGUACUGAUGGAUGAUAUUACUCCACACCUUUUUUUCCCUCUACAUUUUAUUUUUGUGUGGAAAGCAAACCAGCCAUUUGCUGUCUAAUGACAUACAAUUUCCUUUCAUAGUUGUCCUAGUUUUAGUCUUUUUCUUUUUCUUAAAAAAAAACAUCCUCAAAAGUCAUCACCGGCUCCAGAUGUUGUGAAAUUCUUAAGAUCCCAAGGAUUCCUUCAUAUAUGGUAUGUUCAAAUUAUGAGCUUGUAUCGUGCUCAUGUCUUUGACUGUGUCUAAACAGGAUUGCAGGUUUGUGUGUGCUGGAGAACACCUGUUCAGAGUGUAAUUAUAGAUAUGAUGGGCAGAGGCUCCUAUGCUGUCGCCCUUAAACAUGCUGCAGAUGGUAUAUGAUAGAUGACAGUCUGCUAAACUGUCUUGAAUUCUUUAUAAUCUCAAUAUUGUGAAAUUACAGUGUAUGAAAGUACAUUCUGUGUUUGGUUUUGAUAUCUGCACAGUGUCCUGUUACGUCAUGAAAUUGUACAUAUGUGUACAGGAGUUAUGCGACCACACUUUUAUUUAACUGAUAGAAGUUUAUAUGUGUUAUU